CUCCAGAGGAGGUGAGUUUAAACCCCGCCCACGUGACCCCAGCUGGGCCAAUGAGCGGCGGCGGGAGGUGAAAUCCGGUUCUAACCGGUCCGGGGCUCCCAGCGCUAUAAAAACUUUAUAAACCCCCCGGAGCCCGAGCAGUGUGAAGAAGAGGCGAGAGCGACCCCUGGAUCGACUUAAAGCCCGCGCCCCACUGCAUCCCCGUGUCCAGCGCCUACGUCCCACCGCCGCAGCCACCAUGCCCAAGAGAAAGGCUGAAGGGGAUGCUAAAGGAGAUAAAGCCAAGGUGAAGGACGAACCACAGAGAAGAUCUGCAAGGUUAUCUGCUAAACCUGCUCCUCCAAAGCCAGAGCCCAAGCCUAAAAAGGCCCCUGCAAAGAAGGGAGAGAAGGUACCCAAAGGGAAAAAGGGGAAAGCCGAUGCUGGCAAGGACGGGAAUAACCCUGCAGAAAAUGGAGACGCCAAAACAGACCAGGCACAGAAAGCUGAAGGUGCUGGAGAUGCCAAGUGAAGUGUGUGCAUUUUUGAUAACUGUGUACUUCUGGUGACUGUACAGUUUGAAAUACUAUUUUUUAUCAAGUUUUAUAAAAAUGCAGAAUUUUGUUUUACUUUUUUUUUUUUUUAAGCUAUGUUGUUAGCACACAGAACACUUCAUUGUUGUUUUUUGGGGGAAGGGCACAUCACUAACAGAAUGUCUCAGAAGCUGAAUUGACGUGGGGGGAAAAUACCUUUCCCGUCUAGUUUUGAGAGACUUCCUCUUGGUUCCCAGGAAGGAGGGAUUCCUUGAUGUUGACACACAUUAGCCACCUUGGCACAAACGCCUUGUGGUGUGGGAAAACUAAAAUUUAGUUUUUAUGUCCUCUUCUCCCUCUCCACCUCAGCACAGACUUGACUCCACUAAACCCAGAGACCUGUUGGAACCUGAACCCCGUGCCCCCCCAAAAUUGAUGACCAGUAUGUCAGGCAAUCUGGACUUUCUAGUGUCACCGUUGAGAUGGCGUCCUUCAAAAGAGCAGCAGUUCCUUUUUUAGACUGUGGCUCCUCAGAGUGAUACUUCUGCCAUUUUCAUUUCCAUUUCCUGAAAGUCAGGGUCGGCUUGUGAAAAGUUGUUAAACAACAUGCUAAAUGUGAAAUGUCAACCCUCACUCUAAACUUUCCCUGUUCAGAGCAUCACAUGAAGAUUUCAUUGGGUUUUUAUAGUGGCUUUCUGAUUUUGGUAGUCCAUUGAAAAAGGGAGUUUGAAAGUUGUAUACUGUUAACGAUUGUCUGCCCAUGUCCUGCCUGAAAUACCAUGAUUGUUUAUGAAAAGUAUCUUUAAUAAAGCUGGAUACAGUUUGGCUUGGAA